AUUUCUCUAUCACCCAUCAUUUUAGUUUUCUUAUUUGAGUAUCGUAAUACUCUUAUAGUAAACAGGGUUGAUAGACUCGAUUGGCGAUAUGGCGAUCGUCGACUGAACUUUUUUGUAUUGAGGCCACUUAAUUAAUAAUUUAGGACUAUAAAAUAAAUAUUUUAAAUGACAGUGACAAUGUCGAUCUUUACAGCAUAAACUGUAGUAUUGUAGGUACCAUUAGUAUAUUGAUAAUAAUAUUUGAAAACAAAAUGUUAUUUCUUAUCUUGUUUUCAAUAAUUCAAUAAUUCGUUAUUUACCUGAAUACCACAUCCCACAUCAAACUUAAUAUUACAUUUUUAUUAUAUUCUUAAUAAAUUGUUUCAUUCAAUCAACACUAAAUAUGUUUUUCUGGGAACAUUUUUUUUAAUCACAAUAAAAAUUGCAAGCCUGCAACACUUUAGCAGAGUGAGUCUUGUUUGGCUUUGGUUUUGCAGACUCAGUCUUGGUAUUGGUUUUGGUCUUGCAGCAAGAUCAACUUUGCUCAUCACUAACCAUAAUCCAUCAUCCAUUUUCAUUCGUAAAUCAAAAAAUUUUAAUAUUUUAAGAUUUUGCGACCACACUGUUGUUCUUAUUUUCAUGAUAAUAUCAUAAAAAGUUUACCGCGUAAAAAUCAUAGAUAAUAAAUAUUAUCUUUCUUGAAAAAUUGUAUAAAACAUGUGUAGGGGUGGCAAUAAAACUUUAUCUGGGUCGACAAAACUCUGAGUACGUCUUUGACAGUAUUGGUAUAAUAUACUCAAUAACAUUUUAAAUUUUAGAUUUUGAUGUAAAAACAUAAAAACAUAAUUUUAUCACAUAUAUUAAUGUUUAUAAAAAUUAUAAACAUUAUAGAGAUAAUUGAAUCUUGAUGAUCGCUUUUGUACAAUAUUUGGCAGUUUGAGCAAUUUAUAGCAAAACAACGGAUAAAAAAAAGGAAGUGUGGAAAGAUAUAAAAAAAAAAAAUAUAGGUCUUUAACACAAAUUGAAUUAUCAAAAUCGGCUUGAAAAAAAAAAAUUACUACAAAUGUGUAUGAUUUAAGUUAUAUACUAAAAAUAAAAAAAACGAUAUUAUUUUUAAAAUAUGUGCUGGAACAUUGUAAUGCUAUGUCAACGAUUAAUUAAAUACAUAAAUCAUUACAGGUUGUAGUGUCAAUGAUUCAAAAUGUACUUGGGUCGCUUAAUCAUCAUAACGACCUAUUUUUACUAUGUUUAUGGCAAUUUAGGCCAAAAACUUAAAGAGGUACAGAGGUUUAAGCUAAAAGAAAAACAGUCAUCUGGUAGGGCAUAUUCAGAUCAUUUUGAUAAGUUGCGUGCCGAAUACGAGAAAAAUGAAGAUAACCAUAAAAAAUAUAAAGCAAUUAUAAAAGAAGUAUAUGACGAAUUGGAAUAUCAAGCCUGGUCUAUUCAUUUGUUUUUGAAUAAUAUAGAUUUGAGAAACAACAACAUAUUUUUCCAGAAUGGUACUUGUCGACACGAUGCAUAUGGACAGUACAAAGUUUUAUACCAUUAUUUUGUUGCCUAUACGAGAUUACACCCGUCUAGAAUAGAUCCAUUUGUUAAAAGAUUGAACAAACGGUUUAACGAUGAAAUCAAGUACUUAAGAAAAGAAAAUGAUGAAUUUAAGAAAAGUUUUAAAUCGUGUAAACGGAAGCACGACGAUAACUUGAAGAUUCUACCGGUGCCGUGACUCUGUCCAAUGGAAGUUGCUCGAAAAUACGAGAAAAAAAUCAACCAUGUUUGUCCGUGUUCACGUCCGGGCGCGUGCGACCAUUUUCGACCUGUGCGCCGCCGUCGUUCUAUGUUGAUCCGAGUCGUUCGAUAUCGUUUGCUUUACGGCAGCCGUCGCCCGUCGUUGUAAGGGUCGUUGAAACGCCCUUAAUUAUAGUAAUUACAGUUAAAUACCAUUUAAUUUCAGAAAUGUCAGCACCCCCGAUAUUUGGGUUCUAGUUGUGCCCAUCGGUGCCAGAUCGCGAUCGGCUAACAUCACGUUAUUCACGUGCGUCGUCGUUGUAUUGUAUUAUUGUAUUCAUGCUAUAUUACUUAUCGUAUUUGUAUUUAUCAUUAUUUACCACUAUUUAUAGUUUCGUAGUAUUGACGUUUGUUUUGAACAUUACAACUUGCAAUUAUUAUUACUUAUUCA